UGUCCCAUUCACGUUGCACAGACGGGGCACAAGAGAAUUUGCUAGGAAGGCACAGGGCGUCCAUUGUGAAAGAAUUGGAACGACCAGUGAAGGCUGACAGGACUGGACAAGGUUCUGCGUCUGGGAAAUGGGCAAGGCCUCACCCACCAAUCCCCGCGGCGCCAACCCGCAACCCUGGACGCCCUGGGGACAUCAAGGCGCCUCAUGCUGAAAGAAUCCGAAAGUGACCGCGGUGGCUUCAAAGCCAAGCCGACGGUGGCUGAAUGCAACCAAUGUGUGACUCGCGAGCCUCGGAAACCGCCAGAAGGAUUUGUGUCUCACGCCAUGGGCCGACUGCCAGCAGCCCAGUUUCACGGCGUCAUUUGGAUACACGGAGAAAGAGACAAAGCUGGGCUGUUUCAUCCGACACCAGCCGUGGCAAAGGUCGACACCAGCAGAGAAAGAGAGAGACAAAGACACAAAGAAGUGAUGGAGUCAUCGGGCCGCCAAGCCCUAAUCCUUGUCGCCAAGAUCGGAGUCAGGCAGCCAGCACUCGAUGCAACCAGAUCAGGCCAUUCAUUCGUACCAUUCAAGGCCUGCUCGGGGCUUUUGGCGAAAUCUACGAUAGCCCGGGUCGGCUCAGCCGCGGCUGCGACGUUACCAGUGGGCCGGUAUGGGAACUGGCCGACCUGAAGCCAGCCCGCGAUAUCCGGUUUCUUCCGGCGCCAAAGUUACAAGGUGGAAUGUCCUCAUCAUGAUGUGGAAGCAGAAGAACAAUUGUAGCAUUGGGCGCCUGGGGGCCACUAUCCGCGCCCAUACAGUAUACUAACGCUGUAAGGGAGACAUCUGGCAG